AUGGCAUAUGAGCGGUGCUUCGCUGAGCAACUGACCUCAUCACUUGCACAUCGUCUGGGGAGUUGUGGGUUCCCGCACUGGGCCUGUGCCCACAUACUGCAUCUCGACACUUUACCCACUAUUCAAAGCAUUCAGUACGUCUUCAUUUCCUCGUGCAAGUGGCUCUCCACGUCAAAUGAAGGACUGGGAGUUAAAGAGCAAGGCGACACCAUCGGCAGCGCCUUCCUUGGGUUUCUACACCGUCGCUGGCCCCGUUGUACUGAAACGUUGAGAAUGCAUCACGCCAGAUCAAAGUGGGUGAUGCUCGAAGGGUUUCACCAUAUUCAUAGGCUGUACGAAAUUGGCAUCAGUGCCGGUUACACAGUAGCCAAUGCAAAGCUGUGCGUGGUGUUUCUAGCGGGGCAUUUGGGCAGUUCCGCAGAUGCCCUAGCCGCCAGGAUGUUGCUUUACGGUCCUUGA